AUGAUCCCGUUGAUUCUUGGGGUCUUACUGCUGAUCUGCGCGUACGGCGUCACGCAGUUGCGUGAGCGGCGCGCGCGCAAGAUGUUGGCGGGUCUACCAUCGUACUCAUAUCUGCCAUUUGUGGGGAACUUACACCACUUUUUUGGAGGUCCUGAAGAAGUAUUUCGAAAAAUGACCGAGUUUUGUCAAAAAGCCGAAGAGACUGACAAACCGGUGCUAUUGUGGGCCGGCAGUUUUCCUGUUCUGUUUUUGUGCAAUGCUGAGGAUGUGAAGCUGGUGACCAACUCGUUUGUGGGUAAACCUUACUAUUACUAUUUCGCCAAACAGUGGCUCGGGGACGGCAUCUUAAUUGCACCAGCGCCAAUUUGGAAGCGCAACAUCAAGAAGAUAGCAUCCGCCGGCUCCUUCAACACAACUACAGUGGAGAGUUAUCAAGAGAAGUUCAGCGCUCAAGCUGUCAAGUUGACAGAGCUAUUGAAGGCUGAAGCCGGUAGACCGCCCUUCGACAUGAUGGAUAUACUGGCUAAUAUUACUCUUGAAACUGUGUGUCAAACGGCGCUUGGUGUAUGCUAUACAUCAGACUCCACUUUCAUGGUGAAGUACUACCACUCUUUCAACCGGACCCUCUCCCUGAUGUUCUCCAGGGGGUUCAACAUUCUCUACCACUCGGACUUCCUAUACAGUCUUACACCAAUGUAUCGAGAGUUCAAUAAGCAUGUGGCUGUUCUACACGAGGUCACGGAUGCGGUAAUGUCUCAAGUAAGCGAACAAAGAGAUAAUAUGAAGAAACCUGGAAAUGACACAAACGGUAAACCCCGAGCGAAAUACAAAUCUUACCUGGACUAUCUCCUGGAGCUUCACGAGAGGGAUCCCAGCUUCACCUGGGACCAGAUCAGGUCGGAGGUGCACACCAUCAUCCUGGCUGGACAGGAGACAGUCGCUACAGCGCUGUACUACAUCUUCCUGAUGGUCGGAUGCCAUCCAGAAGUCCAGAAGAAGUUGUAUGAUGAACAAAAAGACAUAUUUGGUGAUAGCAAGCGGCCAGUGACCCAGGCUGACUUGGACCGCAUGGUGUACUGCGAGGCCGUUGUCAGCGAGACCCUCAGACUGUACCCCCCGGCACCCUCAGUCAUAAGAUAUGCUGACCAGGAUCUGCCUAUCAGUUCGUGCACAAUACCUAAAGGCACAGCAUGCUGCGUUGGGGUCUGGGGUCUCGGCAGGUCUCGUCGUCUUUGGGGCUCCGACGCGGAGGAGUACCGCCCUGGACGGUGGCUGGAGCCCGACUGCCCUGGGAAUACCGUGGCGUUUGCGUCUUUCAGCUACGGAAGACGAGCGUGCAUUGGGAAAAAAUACGCAAUGGCAUUCAUGAAGACGGCGCUGUCUCAGUGUGUGAGGGAUUUGGAGUUCAAAUCUGAGGCCGACAAAAUGCAGUUCAAGGUUGCUUUAGCCCUGAGGCCAGUUAAUCAUCAUUUCAUCGAAAUAAGUCUGCGAAAAUGACAGAAUAUGUAA